UAGCAUUAAUCUGAUAAACUUAGGCUUUAUUUAUUAACAGAUAGAAGAUGUAAACCAAAAAUUCAACAAUCUGACCAAACUCGAGGAGUCUGGAUGGCAAAACAAUAACAAUACAAAUAAAAAAGUCUUUAGGAAAAAAAUUGUCUCAAGCAUGGCAAGUAAACCAAAACAGGAUGAUGAUGGAAGGAUUGCAGCUAGAAAUCGCCUAGCUGCCAUAAAAAAUGCAAUGAGAGAGAAAAUUAAACAGAAAGAACACUCAGAGGCAACCGCCCCUGUAAUAUCAAAAGAAGUUGACAAAAUAGUAUUUGAUGCUGGGUUUUUCAGAAUUGAGAGUCCCGUGAAAUCAUUCUCAGUACUUUCCUCUGAACAUCUUUCUCAAAGACAUGGAACACCUAAGUCCAUCAGCAAAGCCAUACCUGAGGGCAAAGCCGGCAAGGACCUUCCAAGAAAGAUGAUAUCACCGGAGAAUCCUCAUCCUCAGAACACCAAAAGUGAAUGUGUUGAUAAGAAAAUUUUGUUUUCAAGUAUUUCUGAAAGCAGGAAUAGCAUAGUACAAGAUGUUCAGUGUCCUGGAGUACAAGGCUUAAUUGAAAUAAAUCAUGAUGAAUAUGGAACUAACAAAAAAGAAGAAAUUUCAGAUAUUGAGGAAAGAAUGGAACUAAAUUCUUCACUUACUUCACAAGAUGUUUUGAUGACUAGCCCUGAAAAAAAUAUACCAUCACAAAAUAACAUCUCACAAGAAGUUAAUCCUUCUCAAUUGGUACUACUUGAUAAUAAAAGUGUCUUUACUGAAUGCCACCUUCUUGAUUCGCCAGGCCUAAACUUCAGUAAUCAGGUGGAGAGGCGACAUCAAGAACAUGCCAGACACAUCUCCUUUGGUGGUAAUCUCAUUACCUUUUCACCUCUAAGGCCCCUCAGUGGAGAAAAACCAGAAGAAUUUUGAAUUUAAAAAUAAAUUCAAUGCUGUGAAAUAUUUGUAGGCAAUUAGAAGUUUGAUGAAGAUGUAUUUGUGUUCACUUCUAUUCAAUCCAUUUAUAUAUUGUCAUAUAAUGUUUUAGUAUGUAUUAAUCUAAGUGUAUUUUAGAUAUACUAUUUCUCAGGGGAAGUGGGAAUGUUUUGUAUAUUAACCACAUAGAAUAAAAGGUAUGUUUCACCUUG